AUGAAUCAGGAAAACUUUUCACAAGCCCAACUGGAUCAAUUCUUCAACACUACUGGGACUGAUGGAUCUUUCUACCACCCAGAAAUUAGUGAGACAUCCGAGGGUGCACAUUUCGAUUUCGACCCUUCGCACUUCGCACCAACAGACUCGUCAGCGCUUUCAUCGGUUUCAACACCCACUUUUUCGGACUACGACUUCGGCCAACCAUCUAGUGGGUAUUCCACACCCAGUUCAAACACUUCACAAUUGUACUCCACCGAGCAGCAACCAUGCUUCAACCCCAACCUAGCAGGCCCUCUGCCAAUCCGCCAGCGCUCUCAACCUAUGCGCUCACAUACAAACACAUCGUACCUCCACCUCUCCCACCCACCUCCACAGUAUACCCGCCGCCGCUCCCUCAGCCAAAGUGAUGCUGAACGUAUCGCUGCAAUCAACAUCCACCCCAACCCAACAUUCCUCCGUCUUCAAGCUCCCCGAGCACGCUCCACCGCUCCAGAUGAACACUUGCGUAAACGCCGCGCAGGCCCGUACAGACGUGGGCACAGUCGAAGUACGAGCCAAGGCCCCAACGGUGCUUGCCCUACUGGAGACAACACCCUAGCAAGUAGGUCUUGGAAUUCGAAUCUUGUUGGUGGCAUGGUACCCACAUCCAUUGGGACCCCUUUGUAUCCCAUCAGUCCGCGUCACCGUCGCCCGGCUUUGGAUCAGCGAAUGCCUCUACAACAUGAGGAUCUGGAGAGAGAAGUCGUGUUCAGGUCCAUGACAAGACCGGAUCAGAUGGAGCGCAGUAGAAGAAUUAUUGAGAUAGGGGCGAUGGUCGCAGGAGUACCUCUUGAUCCCACGUUGCAGAACAAUGCCAGGACUAUCUUGAAGAAGUUGGAAGAAGUGGAACAAUACCUCAAGCAAGAGAUUGAUGAUUGCGAGGCUGCGCUGAAGGGUUGCAUCAUGAUCAGAGAGGUGUUGACGCGGGAGUUGAGUAUAGUGAAGUACGAGGAUAGCGCGAAUAACACCGACGCUGAUCGAGUCACCAACAGCACACUCGAUAUUCCAAGCACAAUGCUGUCCACGCAAGACAACGAUCUGCUUGGUAGUGGCAUUGAUGAUGGUGAUAUCAUGGCUAUGCUCAUCAAAGAGAAUGAGAACUGUCAACCAAGCGACGACCCCUGA